UGUUUUUUCUGAAUAUAUUUCUUGUUGUGGAAAUUGAGUUUAUGUUUAAAUUUUUUUGAUUAAAUUUGUGGGUAUUCUAUAGCGCUUUGUUAGAGUUCAAGGCGCCCUCUUUUUUUUAAAAAUCUUUUAACUAGCGAGCAAAUUGAGUUUUCAUAAUAAAAUUUGUGGGCUUUCUAUAGCGCUUUGUUCUAAGAACUAAUGCUUUUGUUAAAGUUUUAGGCGCGCUCUUUUUCAAAAAUCGUUCGACUGGCGAGGAAAAUGAGUUAACAUAAUAAAAUUUGUGGGCUUUCUAUAGCGCUUUGUUCUUAGAACUAUGGCUUUUGUUAGAGUUUUAGGCGCGCUCUUUUUUAAAAAUCUAUAAAGCUCAAGGUUUUCACAACACGGCACACAAAUCUAUCUUCACUCGUUCAAGAAACUUGUUGCUUGGUUUAACGUUUACUUCUGUUUUCAUCAUGGAACAACAAUUUGAUUUGGUUAGUUGUUACUAAUUUAUCUAUCCCGAUUAUUUGAUUAUCCUCUAAUUCGCUUUUUCUGGUAUAGUUUGAUUACUGGUCAGUCCCUGAACUUUUCGAAUCGCAGCUUCAACAAGAAAACUUGUUGAUGAACGCAUCUGUCGAUUCCCUGGCUUCUGUCAGGACCCUCGAUCUUUUGCCGGCUGCGUUAGAUGUUAACACCGAACAACUAUUUGAACUCGGUAAUAGAACACCAUUAAAUCUUAGUGGCUUGAAUGAUAUCAGCAGCGAAGUAGAGAAUGAUUCCAUUCCUUCCGAAAUGAAUGAAUCAUGGAAAAGUUGGGAAGAGGAAUUUGAGAACGCACAACUACAAGAUUUAAAUUUUGAUUCAUGCGUGACUUCAACACCCGAACACCAGCCAGCAUUGUUCGAAGAAACUACCGAAGUCUUUCAAGUAGUUGAGUCUAACAUCUCAACUGCUGAAAUUUAUGAAAAUUAUUCAGCUGUCGAAAUAACGCCUCCUUUUGUCCAGUCUAACUUUCCACUUCUCGAAAACCAUCCACCUGAAGAUCAGUUUAUAUAUCAUCCUAAUGUAGACCAGGAAAAUCAUAUCGAUCCACAAAUUGGAUUAGGUAAACAACUCCCAGAUACCACCAAAGAUAAGUUUGAGUGUCCUGUUUGCAACAAAGUUUUCGCCAAAAAGUUUCACCUCAGGCGACAUACCGAGGGAGUUCAUGAGAAAAUCAAACGAUUCCAGUGCCAUCURUGUACGCAAAAGUUUCACUUGAAACAUCAUCUAACCUCGCACAUUAAAUUCAAGCACAAUGUCAAUCAACGAAUUGUAAGAGAAUUUCGAUGUAACGAGUGCAACCAUGUGUUCAAUUCCGUUGCGCAGUUGAAAGUUCACAAAGAAACACAGCACCCAAAACCCUCAUCAAGCCGGCGCACUGGAGAAAAGAGAAAGAGGACGGAAGGAGCUUCUUCGACACCAAAGAGAAGGCGAGUAGAAGCCUCUCACAACGGUCCAUUCGAUUCUGACCCUGCAAUAAUGCCACCGACCAUUUUUCCUAACGCCGACGCAGAUAUACGGGAAACUAUUCAACAACACUGGAGUGCCAUUCGAACACGACAAAGCCGAAAUAAUCGCAGACAAGAUUGGUACAACUUCAGAAUGACGAGAGAGGGCCACCAGCAGUUUCCCGAAUAUCUGCGUCAAAUUCUUGCUGACCAAUCCACUGCUUUCAAGAUUAACCUGGCAUUUGGUUUUAUUCUAAGAAACAAUGAGACAGGUGAACUACACUAUUACCACGCCUCUUCGAAUAAUCACCGCGUUCUUGACCAGCCUUUUCAAGUCAAUCAUCGCAACGACAUUGAUCAAGUCAUUGAAACGCUUCAAGAUAUUGACUUUAUUCAAUGGAUUAAACUACAACGACCAAAUAGUAAGUGGAUCGUGGAUUGGGUCACCAACGUCUGCUUCUAUGUAACUAAACUCCGUGAUCACCCUAUUGGCCGUUCAACAAAACUUCCUCGCUACAUUGUAUAUAACAGAGCCAUCGUUCCCCUUGAACGUGAUWCAAAAACUGGUWCUCCAUAUCAAGACUGGCUGUGCUUUUUUCGCUGUCUGGCUGUGCAUAACGGUGCCCACACGAGAAACCUUCAGAGAGACACAAAGCACUACUUUAGACAGUAUGAAGUUCAAAUGGGUUCUAAUCCAUCAAAAUUCAAGGGAGUUACCUUAGAAGAACUCGAUGCCUUAGAAAAGCUGUAUGAAGUCAACAUCAUGGUCUAUUCACUUGAAAUGGGUGAUGAUCAAGAAGAAGUACAAAGUCCACAGCCCUUCGCAAUCCUUGUCCGCCGGAGCCAUCGUCACUACCCAACCACCAUGUACUUAAAUCUCUACAAAGAUCACUUCUCCUAUAUCAAGAACUUUGCUCGCUACAGUAAAUCCUACAAGUGUACGCGGUGCGGAAAGUUAUGGAAAGWUGCKYKUAWGUGUCAGCGUCAUGAAAAAACCUGUGAAGCAAAAGUCCGUCUACGAUUCCCUGGUGGUGCCUACAAUUCUCCACAAACUCUGUURGAYCAACURGACGAUGAAGGAAUACAAGUACCUGAACAUCUGAGGUUUUACAAGUUCUUCGCCACAUAUGACUUUGAGUGCAUGUUCAACAAAGUCAAUCUACCAAAUAACACUGAUAAAUUAUCCUGGCAAAACAGACAUGAACCGUUGAGCGUAAGUUGCUGUUCAAAUAUCCCUGGCUUCACUGAACCGAAGUGCUUUAUAUCAGAGGGAGACCCAAACCAGUUGCUGAAGCAGUUUGUUGAUUAUCUGCUCAAUAUGAGUCAACAAAGUUAUAACUUACUGUUAGCUGACUUCGAGCAGAUAUUUAACGAAAUUGACAUCAAAAUCUCCGAAAGCGAAGGAAGUGUGGAUUCUGUAGAAGAUGACGAAAACCUGAAUAUUCUAAUGGAGCUUCUAGAAAGUCAAGAACCUAGCACUUCAGUUGAAAACGAUCGUGGUAUUGAUGUCAUGAACAGUGAUAACGAAGACGAAGAAUCAAUUGAAUCAGAGAAUGAGGAAGAUCGAGCGUUUCUUGACGAUCUAACAGCGACUUCCCAGUCAUCCGCAAGCCUGAUGCAUUGUGGGAGUUUAACUCGAUACUCGGACAAAGUAUUAUCAGGAAAAACACUCAUGGAGCUAUUAGAAGGGAGCCAGAGAUAA